AUGUGCAAAUCGCCACUUCACUCACUCAUCGCCGAGCUCCCAAAAUGCGAACAUCAUCUCCACCUAGAAGGCUGCCUCACCCCAGCCCUGCUUUUCCAACUAGCCGCCAAGAACAACAUCAAUCUGCCCUCACAGGAUGAGUACCAGUCACAAGAGGCGCUCGAAAAGCGAUACUCCCACUUCACCAACCUCUCCGACUUCCUCCAAUACUACUACCGCGCCCUAACCAUUCUGAUCACAGCCUCCGACUUCGAGCAGCUCGCCUGGUCAUACUUCCAGACCGCGCAUCAUGACGGCGUGCAGCACGCCGAAGUCUUCUUCGAUCCCCAAAGCCAUACAUCCCGUGGCGUAAAGCUAGAGACCGUUGUUGAGGGUUUCAAAGCAGCGUGUGAGCGCGCGAGGCGGGAAUUUGGGAUUACGAGCUGCUUGAUCAUGUGCUUUUUGCGACAUUUGCCGUUGGAGGAUGCUGCUGAGACGAUGGAUGAGGCGGUCAGGGGUGGGUAUUUCGAGGGCGGUGGUGAUCAGGGGCGGAUCUUCACGAGCGUUUAUGCGAAGGCGAAGGAGCUCGGCGUGCACCGGACCGCACAUGCUGGGGAGGAGGGAGAUCCGUCGUACAUUGCCGCGGCAUUGGACUCACUUGGUGUUGAGCGAAUCGACCACGGUGUGCGUCUGGCUGAGGAUCCGGCGCUGAUGCGUCGGGUUGUGGCGGAGGGUCUUCUGCUCACGGUGUGCCCGCUGAGUAAUGUUUGUCUGCAGGUGGUGCAGAAGGUCGGACAGCUACCGAUCCGGGAUUUUCUCAAGGCCGGCGUGAAGUUUAGCAUCAACAGUGAUGAUCCUGCUUACUUCGGAGGAUAUGUGUUGGACAAUUACUGCGCAGUUCAAGAGGCGUUCGAUCUGGCUAUUGAUGAAUGGCGGCAGAUUGUGACGAAUUCUAUUGAAUGUAGCUGGAUCAAGAAGGAGCGAAAGUCUGAGUUGAUGAGCAAUUUGAAUCGCGUACUUGACAGGUACAGAUGA